ACAAGUGGAGAUUGGGCGUUGUGACGCAGGAUCUUCGGCCUGAAACGUUAACAGUUUCUCCUUCCACGGAUGCUGAAGAAUGGGCUACGAUAUUGAGCGAUUUGUAGGCUAUGUGAAUGAAGGGCUGUUGUGUUGCAUCUGCCGCGAUGUGUUGGAGAAUCCUUUGCAGGCUCCGUGUGAGCAUGCCUACUGCACGUCAUGUAUACACGGGUGGCUCGUGCAGAACCACAACUGUCCUGAAGAUCGGCAGACCCUGGACACGUCCAUGCUUCGACCACUGUUCAGAUAUAUGCGAAAUGAUUUGAAUCGUCUUCAGAUCUGGUGCAAAAACAGGCAGCAUGGCUGUGAAACGACCUGUUCUUUAGAAGCUAUUGACAGACAUGAAAGAGAGUGUGAAUUCAGCCAGGUUCCUUGCUUAAAUCCUGGUGGAAUUUACAUGUAUUAUGGAUGUGGUUGCACGGUUCAGAUCGAGCGACACAAUCUGGAGUCGCACAUGCUGGGGUGUGAAUACCGCAGCCGUGAGUGCUCGAGUGGCUGUGGCUAUGCUAUUCUCAGCGCUGACGAUGCACAGCACAACUGUAUCGCAGAAUUGAGGACGGAACUAGAAUUGCUCAGGUCUGAAAUGAUUUGUAAAGUGGAAGAAUUAAGACAUGAAAUGGAAUCCCGUUUAGAUUCUCAAAGACGGCACAUGGUCCAGAAAGAGAGCUUCUUGCAAAAUGAAAUCGAGGAGCUUAAAAGCCAGAUGUCACGCGUGAUGUCGGAGGUACAGACUCUGGUGUCAGAAGAGAGGAAGCAUCGGCAGGAACUAGAGCAGGCAGAGCUGGAGAAAAGAGAACUGGUGGAGCUGCUGAAGAGCAUGCACAAAGACGGCAGGCUUUCCAGCGGAGAAGGAAGUAGCAAAAGAAACACCUGCACCAGGCCCCUCAACAUCAAAAGGAAAACCUAAAGCGGUCACAGCUUUCUGAGAAACUAGGCGACGGAAUUAGUGGAAGGAAGCAGCUCCCUCAUUCUUCUUGCAAAUGAGUUCAUUCUUACUUUCUGCCUCACCCCCACGAGGAUAGAACAUUUGAGUAGUAAUAGACAAUAGGUGCAGGAGUA